AUGGAGCAAACAGAAAAGUCAAGCGAGCUUUUUACUGACUUACAUGUUAAAUACAUUCAAUCUCUUGAUACAGACGACUUGGAGUACUGGCUCACCGAGCAUCUUCGUCUGAGCGGUGUAUAUUGGGGUUUAACAGCUUUAGAUUUGAUGAAUAAUGUUGACGCCCUUAAAAGAGAGGACGUGGUGAAGUAUGUGGUUUCUUGUCAGCAUGACAAUGGACAUGAUCCACAUUUAUUAUAUACUCUUUAUGCGGUUCAGAUUUUAGUAAUUGAAGAUUCUUUGGAUGCUGUUAAUGUUGAAAAGAUUGUAGAAUCUUUCACCGGUGAUGAAUGGGGAGAGAUAGACACUCGAUUUUCAUAUUCAGCACUUUCAUGCCUUUCGCUGCUAAAGCGUUUAGAUGCUGUAGAUGUCAAGAAAGCUAUCGAAUUCAUCAUGCUCUGUAAAAAUUUUGAUGGUGGUUUUGGAAGUACACCAGGGGCAGAAUCUCACGCUGGUCAAAUCUUUUGUUGUGUUGGCGCACUUGCUAUUGUUAAUUCUUUGCAUCUGGUUGAUGCUGAUUUGCUCGGAUGGUGGCUUUGUGAACGACAGUUGAAAAAUGGUGGUCUUAAUGGACGACCUGAGAAACUCGAGGACGAAAAAUUGAUCGAAUUUGUUCUGGCAGCUCAGGUAACUAACGAUUUACGACUUGAGAUUUCUGUCAAAAUACCGCCUUUACCGCCUUUGGCUUUACUACCGCAACAAGUAAUUGCUGGUACUUUCGCUGGUUGGGCACAAGUGGUCGUAGGUAAGGAAAAAUAUCCUAACGCUAUAAACCAACCGUGA